GGACUUCGACGGUCUUGUGCGGAAGCAGGAGGUCGCUAGACUAGCCAAAAACAAAUACGCCUUGUAGAGCUAUCUCUUUUCCAGUUUUUGCGAUAGAAUUACCUAAUUUAUAGACACAGUCUACACGACACAACAUUUCUCUUGUAAAUUCGUGUGGAAAUAUCUCAGAAGAAGAUGGGUGCCUGUCUUACAGUCGGACCAAAUGAAGCUCUUGUUGUUUCUGGUGGAUGUUGUGGUUCAGAUAACAAAACCUACAUGGUAGGGGGCUGGGCCUGGGCAUGGUGCCUGGUCUCUAACACUCAAAGGAUAACUUUGGAGAUUAUGACUCUCCAACCAAAGUGUGAGGAUGUUGAAACUGCUGAGGGGGUUGCCAUCACAGUGACUGGAGUGGCACAGGUCAAAGUCAUGACUGACCAUGACUUGCUUGCAGUUGCCUGUGAGCAGUUUUUGGGUAAAUCCGUCUCAGAAAUCAAGGCAGUGGUUUUGCAAACAUUGGAGGGACAUUUGCGAUCAAUUCUUGGCACACUGACAGUGGAGCAGAUCUACCAGGACAGAGACCAGUUUGCCCAACUGGUACGGGAGGUGGCAGCGCCUGAUGUGGGCAGGAUGGGCAUAGAGAUCCUCAGCUUCACCAUCAAGGAUGUGUAUGAUAAACUGGACUACCUUAGCUCUCUGGGAAAGACACAGACUGCCUCUGUCCAAAGGGAUGCAGACAUCGGUGUGGCUGAGGCAGAAAGGGAUGCUGGGAUACGGGAAGCUGAGUGCAAGAAGGAAAUGAUGGAUAUCAAGUUCCAGGCAGACACUAAAAUGGCAGACUCAAAACGAGAACUGGAACUGCAAAAGGCUUCUUUCAAUCAAGAAGUCAACACUAAGAAAGCAGAGGCCCAGCUGGCCUACGAACUACAGGCAGCCAAGGAGCAGCAGAAGAUCCGUUUGGAAGAGAUUGAGAUCGAAGUGGUCCAGAGAAAGAAGCUGAUCGUCAUUGAAGAGAAGGAGAUCCAACGUACGGAGAAGGAGCUUAUCGCCAUGGUGAAGAGGCCCGCCGAGGCUGAAGCCUACAAGAUGCAGCAACUGGCCGAGGGACAGAAAGUAAAGAGGGUGCUGACAGCCCAAGCAGAGGCAGAGAAGAUCAGGAAGAUAGGUGAGGCUGAGGCUCUCUCCAUAGAGGCAGUGGGGAAGGCAGAGGCUGAGAAGAUGAGGCUGAAGGCUGAGGCCUACCUGCAGUACGGAGAAGCAGCCAAGAUUGCCCUGGUCCUGGAGGCCCUGCCCAAGAUUGCUGGCAAGGUGGCAGCCCCGUUGUCCAGGACUAAUGAAAUUGUCAUCCUGAGUGGGGAGGGAAACCGUGUGACUGGGGAAGUGAAUCGCCUCCUGGCUGAACUUCCUGUGUCUGUUAACGCCCUGACUGGAGUUGACCUAACAAAGAUUCCUUUACUGCAGAAGAUGACUGGUGCUCAAGCCUAAAAACAAUCCACCUUACUCAAAGAAGUUUUAUGCACUCUCAUUGACUGCCUUCAGUACACUUGAAAUUAUUUUUGUUCUUUUAUAUGUUCAUGAAGAAGUGGAUAUUUUGAAACCUCUGGUGCCUUAAUUUCUACAGGACCAGAAUAUCUGCAUGUAUUGCUGCUCCUUUAUAUAUAUAUAUAUAUAUAUAUAUAUAUAUCUUUGAGUUCAAUCAUUUUUUUGAUAAAACAUGGAAGCCACUAAAAAACAUGUAAUUACAUGGAUAUCUAUUUGUACCUCUUCAUAAGCAUGGUAAUAUUUUUUGUUUAUGUAUACCUCAUCUCCAGUUUCUAAUAUAGUUGCCAUCUUAGCCAUCUGUCUCAUUCUCAUGGCAUCUAUUUUGGGGUUUAUGGCAAUUCUCACUCACUGUACAUAUCUACAUUUACAUUUAGUCAUUUGGCAGACGCUCUUAUCCAGAGCGACUUACAGUAAGUACAGAGACAUUCCCCCAAGGCAAGUAGGGUGAAGUGCCUUGCCCACAACAUCAUGUGGCGCGGCGGGGAAUUGAUCCGGCAAAUUUCUGAUUACUAGCCCGACUCCCUCACCGCUCAGCCAUCUGACUCCCUGUUAAAUGUAAUUUGAUUACAUUUUUGUCUUAGGGUUAGAAUUAAUCAUUUUAAACAACAUUGUCGAACAUGACACACUUUUGGGAAAAGUUCACUUAUCUGUACUAGAGUGGAUAAUUUGUCUCCAUGUAAUUGAUUUCCAGACUUGAUUAUUAAUAUUACCAAUACUAUGAAUUUGAGUUACAAGAGCGAGUUAAUCUCAUUAUAUUUCUGCUUUCUGGAGUAGCAGUAUGUUGUUCUGGGGAGUUGUUGAAAGGCUUCGGUUCAGUUUAACUCAUGGCCAAGAUUCCCAGAAGAGUAAGGACAACAUUUUUGGGAGAUGAUGUUGGUCAAGAAUGGAUGACGUGCUCCAAAAGCAUCUUUCGAUGAGAAAUUCAUGAAUUGUCCAUCAAACUAUUGCCUAACAGUCCUCAAUUUUACUGUUAGGAAGUUGAGAUUGUUUUAGAAAAUGAUGAGCCUGGCAGAAAUCACUAUGUUGAUUCUGUCUUUGUAACAUUGUUUGGUUUGAUAUUAUGUGACACGGUUAUAAUAGUCUUUUAUUUUUUAUUUUUUUUACAAUUUAUAUAGUAAUAUUUUAAAAUCAUUUACGCCAUGUUUGACAUUCCUUUUAGGUCUGUCUGUAAAUUACUGUUUGUUUGUACUCUUUUCUAAAUAUACUUUUUACUCUCAUAUCUUACACUUGUAAGAUACUUCUGACAAGGCUGUGAGAGAUGUGGUUUAUGUUAUUUUAAAGGAAAUACCACAGUAAAAUAUGUAUGCUGUUACAUUAUUACCUGCAUUGAUUUAUUUUGAAUUCUUUUGAACAUACAGUUGUAUAUGGUUUUUGAAGGAUUAACCAGGGAGUAGUGUAUAAAAAGCCAAAAUCAGUAGCAGGUUUAUUAUGUUUUGUCUUUGUAUGCUGUCAUCACCAAUUUAACAUCUUAUUAAAAUGUUAAAUAAUAGAAAUUUGCUAAACUACAGAGAACUCUUGACAUCUGGAAUUUAUUUUAUGAAUGGAAAAUAUGUAAAAGACUGUUAAAUCAUGCAAUUGAAUUUAGCUACUACUAAACUGAUCAUUCAAUGUCUAAACAUGAUUUGUUGCCGCUACUUAAACCAAUACCGUGAUUUUUUCCCCCGUGUGCCUGGACUCUUUGAUUUAAAGUAAUAGCAUUUUUUGCAAUCAAGAACAAAUUAUUCGUUGUUUUUUAAAGGAUAGUAUCUGUUGAUACCCCUAAAAUGUUAGUGUGUGAAAAUGACCAUUUACCUGUUAAGUGUAAAAUAUUACAUAACUUACUUUAUUAUAGUCAUUUGGGUCAUUGUGAGCAUUCGAAGACUGAUCCUGCAUGUUUGUGCAUGUUAUUCAUGUGUACUUAAUUUCAUAUUACAUAUGACUAUAUAUAUCAGUCUUUUGUCUGUUAUUUUAAUAAAAUUGGAGCAAA